AUGGCGUCUCCGAACGAGAAAGAGUCGCUCCCUGUGGCUCAUACCGCAGUUCCUCAGCAGCCGCCCAAGAAGACUUCUUCCUGGGCCUACAAGUUUGUAUCGGCCACGGCCGUCAUCCUCAUCCUCAACUCUCUCCUCAUCUUCUUUCCCCGUAUCCCCCUACUCGACGACACUCUGCACCCCGCCGCCUCAUCAUCCUGCCAGCAAGCUCACCCCAUCUUCCCCAAGGCGGUCGACCAUUCUGAACUCGUCAAGGGCGAGAAGGGACAGAUCAUCAGCUGGCUCAGCGAUGCCGUCAAGAUCCCUACAGAGGUCUUCGACGUCAUGGGAGAAAUCGGAGAAGACGAGAGAUGGGAUGUCUUUUACAAGUUCUCAGAGUAUCUGGAGAAGGCGUUCCCUCUUGUGCACCAGCAUUUGAAGAGGACGCGCGUGGUGACGCACGCACUUGUAUACGAGUGGGAGGGGUCGGACCCGUCCCUCAAGCCUUUGCUCAUCACAGGGCAUCAAGAUGUCGUCCCCGUUCUCCCUGCUACGCGCGACCAAUGGUCCCACGACCCCUUCGGCGGCGAGUACGACGGGACUUAUAUCUGGGGGAGAGGGUCGAGUGAUGACAAGUCCGGUACAAUCGGUGUCUUAGCGGGCAUUGAGUUACUCUUGAAAUCCGGCAAGUUCCAGCCCAGGAGGACCGUCAUCCUCGGGUUCGGGAUCGACGAAGAGACUGGUGGGAAGGUGGGUGCCUACCACAUCGGUCAAUGGCUUGAAGACAAGUACGGCGAGGACUCGAUCGCUCUUUUGGUCGAUGAAGGUAAUGGCGUUCAGGAAGUUUGGGGCCAGCUCUUUGCUGCCCCUGCGGUCGGUGAGAAGGGUUACUUUGACCUCGAACUUCGUGUCGAAACCCUCGGUGGGCACUCUUCUGUCCCACCACCUCACACAUCCAUCGGCUACCUCUCCCUCCUCAUAGCCGCCAUCGAGAAAAACCCCCACAAACCAUAUCUCUCCCCCAACUCGCCUUUAGUCAACUACAUCUCAUGCGCUGCAAACUCUCCCGCCCAGACCCCUUCCGAUCUCGCCAAGGCUAUCAAAAAGGUCGACUCGUCCAUCUCGAGAGGUGGGGCGAAGGGGGUGGAUAAGAAGGCGUUGAAGGAGGUGGAAAAUUGGUGGGUGGAGGGGAGUUGGGAGGAUGGGAGUUAUAAGAAGGGGCAGGGGAAGGCGAUGGUUUCGACGACGCAGGCUGUGGAUAUUGUUUAUGGAGGGUUGAAAGUCAAUGCUCUUCCCGAAAGCGUUUCAGCGGUCGUCAAUCACCGAAUCAACAUCGCCUCAUCCGUCGCCGAGCUCCAAUCUCACCUCAUCGACGUCCUCUCUCCAAUCGCCAAGAAAUACAACCUCGCCAUCAACGCUUUUGGCAAGGACAUCCAGCCUCAUGGAUGUCACUCUUCUGCUUCUUCAGAGAAAGGACCGAAAGCAGGCAAAAUCGUCUUGGCGGAGGCGUUUAACUCGGCACUCGACCCCGCUCCGGUAUCGCCUUUCACGGUGGAUAGCCCGGCUUGGAGACUUCUUUCUGGUACUGUAAAGGGUGUAUAUGCGACGCGGCCGGGAGUGAAUGAGACCUCGGAGGGAGAGAAGGAGAAGGAAAUCUAUAUGGCGCCUUCUAUCUCUACUGGUAAUACCGACACAAAGAGGUACUGGAACCUCACCAAGAACAUCUACCGUUUUGCCUAUCAGCUCAGUAAAGACUUUAACAAUGUCCAUACCGUCAACGAGCAUAUCGUACGUCUUUCUCCUUCCUGUCAUCUCUCUCUCGCUCUCAGCAAUUCUCACAAGGGCUGACGAAAAGGAUGGUAGAGCGCGGACGUGUUUGUGGAGCAGGUCAGGUGGUUCAUCAACUUUAUCGUCAACGUGGAUGAGAGUGAUGAGAUUUGAGCAUCAAACUAGUACGAGGACUGUUUGUAGAGACGUAUGAAGAGACUUGUGAUCAAGCCAUGGACAUGUCAUGCCUGAAAAAUCUUGAAAGGCAAAGAACGACUUGGUUAUUUGUGGCAUAGCAAAAAGAAGAGAGACUAUGACCGCGAGUAAGCAGACGUAUACGUCAAGGAGAUGAGGCGCUCGAUAUCGGCGCGAUCGAUUGAUAACCUUCUUCUACACUCCGGGGUAGCAGGUGGGAUACACCCCCAUCCAGCCCCUCCAGUCUUUCGCAGAGCACCCGCAGGCUCC